CCAGGCGCUGUGGGCGGCUCGGGGGGGGGGGCGGCCGGAGGGGAGCGGGGUGGCCCUGCCCCGCACACAGCCCCGGGAGUGGGGCAGCCCCCGCUGGGUCUCCUGGCCGCUGGGGUGCGGUGGUCGCGGCCUCCGCCGCGGGCCGUGGGCGGUGGCGCAGCGCUGAGGCGGUUCGGGGCCGUGUGGCCGGGCCCGGUCCGGCUGUGGCGGGGCGCUGGCCAAGUCCAGCUGCUGUUUGUGUGCCCCGCACGGCCUUGUGCCUGUAUUGUGCAGCCCUAGAAGGGGGUUGGGUGCGUACCUGUGGUGGGGCUGUUUGUUUGGGUUUAACAUUCGAGCGUAUGAAAACAGCAAACUAGAAAUUCGGGUUCCUCCAUUUCACGCGGUAGAAAAAUACUGAUUGCGUUUUAUGUGUUAUAGAUGAAAUGUUAUUGAUGCAUUGAUCUCCACUUUGCUGCGUGUUCAGAGCUUCAUAAAAUAGAAGUCGAGAUGAAGAGCAGGGUGACGCAAAUAAAUCAUGGCUCCAGUCACGAAAGGAAAGAGGAAUACAGUUCACGCCACAGAAGUUUGUCUCCAGAGGACAGGCAUAUAGAGCGGGACAGGUCUCCAUCUCCCAGAAGAAGAAGAAGAUACUCUGAUGACAGCAGGUAUGAUCAGGAAUAUUCAAGAAGGGACUACUACGAUGACAGAACUUCAGAAGGAAGGACGGAAAGAGGGAGAGACAGACAUUAUGAGAAGUGGGAGGAAAGAGAAUCUGAUCGAAGGAAGCAGAGAAGACUCUCUUCCCCUGAUCGUAGAAGUCCAGAGAGAUCAACAGUUCAGAGCUCUCUUGCUCAUGAUGAGGCCACAUCAAAGAAAAAGAAAGAAGAAGUGGAUCCAAUCCUUACUCGCACAGGUGGUGCAUAUAUUCCACCUGCCAAGCUCAGGAUGAUGCAAGAACAAAUCACUGAUAAAAAUAGCUUGGCAUAUCAGAGAAUGAGUUGGGAAGCCUUGAAGAAGUCGAUCAAUGGUCUUGUCAAUAAAGUGAAUGUUUCUAAUAUAGAAAAUAUCAUUCAUGAGCUCCUUCAGGAAAAUAUUGUUCGGGGAAGGGGGUUGCUGUCUAGAUCCAUUCUGCAAGCUCAAGGUGCCUCUCCAAUUUUUACCCAUGUUUAUGCAGCUCUUGUGGCAAUUAUCAAUUCCAAGUUUCCAAAUAUUGGUGAAUUGAUUCUCAAGAGGUUGAUACUAAAUUUUCGCAAAGGAUAUCGCAGAAAUGAUAAGCAACUCUGUCUAACAUCUUCAAAGUUUGUUGCACAUCUGAUGAAUCAGAAUGUGGCUCAUGAGGUUUUAUGUUUGGAAAUGCUCACCUUGCUUCUUGAAAGGCCUACUGAUGACAGUAUUGAAGUAGCAAUUGGGUUUCUUAAGGAGAGUGGGCUCAAAUUAACUGAAGUUUCUCCUAGAGGUAUUAAUGCAAUCUUUGACCGUCUUCGACACAUCCUGCAUGAGUCUAAAAUUGACAUGCGUGUCCAGUACAUGAUAGAAGUCAUGUUUGCUGUACGGAAAGAUGGCUUCAAGGAUCAUCCAAUCAUUCCAGAGGGAUUAGAUCUAGUGGAAGAGGAGGAUCAGUUUACUCAUAUGUUGCCAUUAGAGGAUGAAUACAACCCAGAGGAUAUUCUUAAUGUUUUCAAGAUGGAUCCAAACUUUAUAGAAAAUGAAGAGAAAUAUAAAAUGCUCAAGAAAGAAAUCCUUGAUGAAGGUGACAGUGAAUCUGAACCAGAUCAAGAAGCUGGAAGUAGUGAGGAAGAUGAAGAGGAAGAUGAAGAGGAGGAUGAAGAUGGCCAGAAAGUUACAGUCCAUGACAAAACAGAAAUUAACCUGGUCUCCUUCCGUCGUACAAUUUAUCUUGCUAUUCAGUCAAGCUUAGACUUUGAAGAAUGUGCUCACAAAUUGCUGAAGAUGGACUUCCCCGAAAGUCAAACUAAAGAACUCUGCAAUAUGAUACUUGACUGUUGUGCUCAGCAAAGAACGUAUGAGAAGUUCUUUGGGUUACUGGCAGGGCGUUUCUGCAUGCUAAAAAAAGAGUAUAUGGAAUCAUUUGAAGCUAUUUUCAAAGAACAGUAUGAUACUAUCCAUCGUUUGGAAACAAACAAAUUGAGGAAUGUUGCCAAGAUGUUUGCUCAUCUACUGUACACUGAUUCAAUUCCCUGGAGUGUCCUUGAGUGUAUAAUACUGAGUGAAGAAACCACCACAUCCUCCAGUAGGAUUUUUGUCAAAAUAUUCUUUCAGGAGCUUAGUGAAUAUAUGGGACUUCCAAAUCUAAAUGCAAGAUUAAAAGAUGAAACAUUGCAGCCUUUCUUUGAAGGAUUAUUGCCUCGGGAUAACCCAAGAAACACUCGCUUUGCCAUCAACUUCUUCACUUCUAUUGGCCUUGGAGGACUAACGGAUGAAUUACGAGAACAUCUGAAAAAUGCACCAAAGAUGAUAAUGACACAAAAACAAGAUGUUGAGUCAUCAGAUUCCUCUUCAUCUUCAGAAACAGACUCCUCUUCAGAUUCUGAUUCUGACAGCAGUAGCAGCAGCUCAGAGUCAUCCAGCAGCAGUGACUCCUCAUCUAGCAGCAGCAACAGCAGUGACUCAGAUGCUCCGAAAGCUAAAAGAAAGAGAACACAAAAGAAAAAUAGAGAAUCUGAUAAAGCUUCCAGGAAAAAACAAGGAAGGAAAAGGAAAUCCAUUGAGAAGAAAAUCGGAAGGAGACAGCAUGAGGAUAGAAGUGAUACUGAGAGCAAGUCAGAAAGAAAUCACCGAAAUCCCAGAGAAGCACAUAGGAGGGAUGAUGUAUCAAAAUACUAUCACAGAGAUGAGUCCAAUGGCAGAGACAGUUACCAUAGUGGCAAGGAUAGGAACCAUGAAAGAAGUAAGGAUCUAGAAAAUAAAUACAGUGAUUCAAAACUGAAGAAAGCAGAGAGAAGAGCUUCUUUAUCUGAUGAUGAAAGUUAUAGACACUGGAGCAAAGAUAAUGGAUAUCGGAGUAGAAAAAGAGAGAGAUCUAAAUCUGUAGAGAGACCCUGUAAUAAUUCAAGUCCAAGAGAGGAAGAACAAGAUGACAGAUACAGGAAUGGUUCAGAGAAACACAGAGAGAAGCACAACCGUUAUUCUGACCAGUACAGAGAAUCAAGAAAAAAUGAGGACAGACGUAGAGAGAAUUCCCCACACAGACGAAAAUAAUACCUAACCAUUUUGAAAUAAAUGUGCAUUUCUGGGCUGUUAAAAACUAUUUUAAAAAUUAUGAACUUUCUUAAGAAGAAGACUUUGUACAAAGUGAUAGUUUGCAUUUGUAAAUUUUAUCAGACUUUUUCAAAUUUUCCAUACUGCUUUUUUUUAUAGCUAUCGCAUUGAGUCUUUCUGUUAAAAUUCUCCUUUGGAAAGAUGAAGUUGUUUAUUUUGUGAAUAAAACAGUUAAUAUCUCAGUGAAAUGGGUGUUUUUGUCACUUAGUUUCAAGUAUUUGACUUUUAACUUUUAUAGUAUAAAAAUGUUGUUUAAAUAAACAUUAGAAAUACUGAGGCUAGUGUGAUGAACGUAAAAAUCUAGUAUUAUAAUAUGAAUGUUAUACGAGGAUUUUUUAAGAAUAUUUGAAACAUCAGCAUGAACACUUCAUGAUUUCUAGGGUUAUGUAUUUUUCAUCUUCAUAAACACGGAAGCAAGUUUGGCCAAAAUUUUCAUGAAGAACUUCAAUUGAUUUAUUUUUUUCUUAAGGAGUUAAAAUUGGAAAACCAAUAUUGUUGUUUUAAAUGUCACAUUUGAAAGUGUGUCAACUUGUUCUGUGUUACUUUUCACAGUGUUUUUUAAUACUGUAACAUCCUGAGCUAGUUAUACUUGUGAUCUUACGGGGGGAGGGGGGAAUUUCAAGUAUGAAUUUGAUUUCAAGUUACAUAGACUUCAACUCUAGCUCUACAAGGGAAGUGUUUAAGGAAAGUAAUUCCAAGUGUAUAUAUUUAAAAGAAAAAAAGGAAACAAAAGGUGUUCCAAAUCUUAUUUUCACUUUGAACUGUGUGGCCUGAAGUGCAAAACUUUAUUGGAAGCAACGUUUGCCCCAAAAAAUCAGUUGCAGCAGUUUAUAACAAAAUUGUUCUAUCUGGAGUCACUUGAAGCAACUAACAUUCGUUGAGUAAAGAAUCAAAAUCAUCCAAUUAAGACUAGAUUUCAUCACUAGCUAAGGAAAAUUCAGAAAGUCUUUUAGAGUGAAAUAGAAAAUUGUGUAGACAUGGUUAGUAGGAAAGUGAUAGUCGUAUAUUAUACAAUUGGUGCCAUAAGACUGCAUUUUUUCACUCAGAAAAAUGAACACAAUUGCUGGGUGUAUGAAAAUUUGCACAUUUCAUGUGUAAAUCAUUUCAUCAUAACAUCGUAGAAAUAUAUUUGAGCUGUUUAAUAACAGAAAUCAAAACAAUUCCUAAGGAAAUAGAUUAGUUUGGAGUAAAGCUUGUCACAAUGGUUUUUUCUAAGAAAAAUGACACUUUUUAUUUUAUUCUGUAUUUAACAGAAUUUAUUUCUGCCAGUUUUCAUGUAGUAAAACAUUUCCAGUCAAACAGAUUAGCACAGAAAAUACAUUCAUGCUGCAGAGAGAAAUCAAAGUUUCCAUCAUGCUGAAUCACAUAGCUAUAAAUGCUUUAGUGGCAUCUCUUAUUUAAACUGUAGUGCGUUUUUUCUUUUUUUUUGUUUCCUGUUAUGCUUCUCAUUUUCAAAAUGACUUGUGCAUUUUUCUAAAUGUGUGCAAAUUCCAAGGAAAGUUAAUAUGAGAGAAUGCUUUCUAAAAACAAAAGUUAUGCUGAUAAUUGUUUCUCUGAUAGUUGUUCAGUAGUGUUAUUCAAAAUUACCUGUAUUUCAUAAUGUUUUAAUAAUUGUAGACUCCUAAUUUAUCUAGACUAAUACUUCCCUUACUAUAUCAUGGGUUUAAUAGCAUAACCUUUAUCAAGCCAUAGCUUUUUCAAAUACUCUGUACAAGUUAUAAAAGCUUGUUAAUUACAUCUGUAAUAAAUGGAAAUGCAUUAAAACACUA